CAAGCCUGUCUUUCUACGUGGGUCUUCAGCGGGCGCCUGUAACAUCGCUCUGCCGCGCGCCGCCUCGCUCAUAGUUUUUCCAUCUUCAAGCCCACAGGAGCCAACAUCUGCUCCUAUUAUAGUAAUAUUUAAAAGUUUAGUCUUGAUAAGAACAGAGAAACGCCGUCAUGUCGUCAUACAGAAAUCGCAGGUCUCGCUCACGUUCUCGUUCUCGCUCGCGUGAUCGCCGCCGCAGUAGGGAGGACUGGGGUUCACACGGAGGGUGGAGUCCAGCUGGUAGUGCACGACCAUCAUUGAAAGGGAGGCAGCCAGGUGAACGUCUUAGGAAGCCGAGGUGGGACCUGUCCAAAUUGACUCCCUUCGAGAAGAACUUCUAUCAGCCAACACCUACAGUACUCAAUCGUCCCGCUUAUGAAGUUGAAAAAUACAGGAAUGAGAAAGAAAUUACACUCCGUGGAAAAAACAUCCCAAAUCCCAUCCAGUACUUUAGUGAUUAUAAUUUCAUGGACUGCGUUAUGGCCGAGAUCAAAAGACAGGGCUAUGAACAACCAACACCAAUUCAAGGUCAAGGAUGGCCUAUUUCACUUCAGGGAAGGGACUUUGUUGGUAUUGCCAAGACUGGUUCUGGUAAAACGUUAGGAUACAUCCUGCCAGCAAUUGUGCAUAUAAAUCACCAACCAUAUUUAGAGCGAGGCGAUGGUCCAAUUGCACUAGUUCUAGCCCCCACCAGAGAACUUGCCCAGCAGAUCCUAACGGUUGCCCAGGACUAUGGGGCAUCCUCAAAGACUCGAUCAACAUGUGUGUUUGGAGGAGCACCCAAGGGACCACAGAUUCGUGAUCUUGAAAGAGGGGCCGAGAUUUGUAUUGCAACCCCGGGCCGUCUUAUUGAUUUCCUUGAAGCAGGCAAGACAAAUCUACGGCGUACAACAUACUUGGUACUAGACGAGGCUGACCGCAUGCUGGACAUGGGUUUUGAGCCGCAGAUCAGAAAAAUAGUAGAACAGAUUCGGCCUGAUAGACAAACUCUUAUGUGGUCUGCAACUUGGCCUAAGGAGGUCAGGAAACUAGCAGAGGACUUCUUGAAGGACUACAUCCAGCUGAAUGUUGGGUCACUCUCUCUCUCCGCUAACCAUAAUAUUCUUCAGAUUGUCGAUGUUUGCCAAGAAAUGGAAAAGGAUACCAAGCUGCGCCAGUUGCUCAAUGAGAUGGCGCAGGAGAGGGCAUACAAGACUAUAAUCUUUAUCGAAACCAAGAGGAAGGUGGAGGAUGUUACUCGUGGGUUGAGGAGUACUGGGUGGCCAGCAAUGUGUAUUCAUGGAGAUAAAUCACAACAGGAAAGAGACUGGGUUUUAAAUGAAUUUCGGUCUGGAAGGGCACCAAUUUUGGUAGCCACAGAUGUUGCUGCUCGAGGGCUAGAUGUGGAUGAUGUCAAGUUCGUGAUCAACUAUGACUACCCGUCAUGCUCUGAAGAUUAUGUCCAUCGCAUUGGUCGAACUGGAAGAUCAGACAAGACUGGUACUGCAUACACGUUCUUAACAGCGGACAAUGGCAAACAGGCUAGGGAUUUAAUAGAAGUGCUGAAAGAGGCAAAUCAAGUAGUAAAUCCACGUCUUUAUGAAAUCAUGGAUAUGGGACGUGGUGGUGGCAAAGGACGUAAUCGUUGGAGGGGCCGUGAUGAUGACAGGAGAGGUUUUGGACGCGAUCGUGAUCGCGGUCGAGUUGGUGGUGGUGGUGGUGGAGGAAGGAACGGCUACAGCAAUGGAAAUGGCUAUGGUACGUCUGAAGGGCUUGGAAGAUUUAACCAGUUUAGAGGUGGAGGCAAUAGCAGUGCUGUGCCCAAUGGGGUGGGUGCAGGCCGAACGCGUCUGAAUGGUCCUCCUCCACUAAUGGGUUCUGGUUCUGUGAAGCCUUCAAUGAGCCAAGCAGCUAACCAGAACCAGUUUAAUGGCCCCCAACGUCCAUCCGUCCGGAACGUGGGAGCUAGCAUGGCCGUGGGCAUGUUCAACCAGGCUGCCACUGUAGCUGGUACUGCUGGUGGCUUGGGCAUAAUGGGGACCAUGCCUAGUGCACUGAACUGGCCGCGUCAGUGACCCCGAAGCUGUGCUAGUCAAGCUCCUGCCUCCUGCUCUCCAACUGGGGCCUUGCCAAGUGGCCGCCUCAACUCUUGCCUCGGCGACUCAUCAUCACCGAAACAAGUUCACCCGCUCCUCUGAUUCUUCUUGUAACUGAACUGAUGAUGGGGCCUCACUUGGCAAGGUUUCUCAUCAUUUGUAUCUAAAAUAUUUUAUUGAUCCUAGUAUAUUGUAUACACAGAAUUGGAAUUUUCCCCAUUCCAACAUGCUGAUAAGUCUUUCAAAGUGAAUUUUUAAGAUGGCAUGGCAUGUUUGGCAAGUGAGGUGUUCUAUUCAGUAGUUAUCAGUACAGUGGACUCCUGUUCGAACGGAAUCAAUCUGCACGCAAAGGAAGGAUUGCAUGCUGCUGUAAGAUUGUGAUCAGAUGCAACGGUAAAUAAAUGGAUGGCUUCUCGCAUAGCAAGUAAACAUUUGUUGGACUGGAGUUCGAUAUAAAGGAAAAAAAAAAUUGUAACAGUUUAGUGAUUUUGAUACAUGUAUGGAAGUAUAUAAUUUACACUAUUUCUUGGUAUAAAAUAGAAAAUUUCAGGCACAAUGGAAAUAAUUUCGUGCUGGACAGGGUCUGGUGCGAAUCUGUCCAUUCGAGCGAGAGUCCAUUGUAGUUAGUUUAUGUUUACCAUUGACGCUGUUGGUAUCUUAUUACAGCUUACUGAAGUCCGUGCCGGAGGUGACUGCUUACUGCUGCGCCAUCCCCUUUCUAGGAGAUUAGAGGUUGCGAUUGUUACCACUAAGUGCUUGACAGGCCCAGUUGUCAAGGGUAGGGAAAGUUUCGCCCCCCAUCAUUACAGUUUGCGGACACCUACGCCUUUCCUCCUAGUCUACGGGACUGCUGUCUGCUUAAGCCAACGACGUCAUUGUUAGUAAACAUCACUGUCCAAAAGCUGGUGGAGUUAGUCAUGUCAGCAUGUUCUUGAUUAUCAAAUUGUUUUUAACCAAAUAUUCCAUUGUGAUUUUAGGAAGAAUUUCCUAGUUUCGUUAUUGUAUAGAGGAUAUUAUUUUUCAUUAAUUUAAAGAAAAUUGUGUAUGGACCAAGAAUUUUUGUAACCCUCUGAAUAAUUAAAUAUACAGUUGUAAAAAAAAA